UUUAAACGACUAUAAUUUCAAAGUGCUUCCUAUUUAAUCCAAUUCCAAUUGGUUAGCAAAAGUUUUGAAGUAAAUCUAACGGUUAUUUUUGUGCAAUUCGUUGGUGGGCCGAUGUGUUUGCAGUACUUUUGAAGAAGUCUGUCUGAAUUUAAGACUGGAAGAACUUUUGAAUGAAAAUGUGCCUUUAGUCGAACUAAAAACACCGCCUGCAGCAGUUCUCACACCAAACUGAAACUAAACCAAGUCAGUAUGUCACAAAGAGUUCGGCUGGGAGGCAUUUUGUUAUUGCAAUUGUUGCUCCUGACAACGGCACAACUGCCUAACGACCAGCAACAAGAACAACAGCAGCAGCAAGGCCAGCCGCUAUUACCACAACAGCAACCUACUGCAUAUCAGCCCACUUACAAUAAAGACUAUUCCCCACGCUACAAUCCUCUUUAUACGGGCAAUCAACAGAAUCCAGAUACCACGCAAUAUGACAAUCCACUCCUGGACUAUGGAAAUCCGCAAAGUAAUCCCACAUAUGGUGGUGGCGGCACUGGUGGUUAUCUUGGCUCUAACAACUACAAUCGGCCCUUGGGUGGCAACAGUCUAAGUGGCCCAGGUAGCAACAAUUUGGGCGCUGGCCUUGGUGGCAUUGGUCCACAAUAUGACCCCUUCAAUCGUAACAGCAUUACUUCACCAAAUACGGGCAUUGGCAUUGGCUAUCGGGAUCAGUUCACAGAUGAGGAUAAUUAUUGUCCAGAACAUUGGGUGGCAUUCCGUCAGACUUGUUAUCGUUUUAUCCGGUCACCAAAGCGGAAUUGGGCCGAGGCUAAAAAGAUUUGCAAGGCCUACAAUGCGGAUCUGAUAAAUGUGGACAACAUAGAGAAGCACUCGUUCAUAUUGAAGCAUCUGAUUUUGCAGAAUCAGCGACAGAAUCGUUUCUAUGUAUCAGCACGUCAAACGGGUCCACAGACUUGGAUAAAUGAUGACAAUACGCAGUUCCUGCAAAUCGAGGAUGCUUUCUCGUUUGACGAGCAGCAACCGCUAGAGAACGAGGACUUGCACGAUAAUCGUUUCCUGGUACGGAACGAAAUGGAUAAUCGCAAUAAUCCAAAUCAAUACUACAACACACUGCCGGGUACAAUUAACCAACGAAAUCAGAACAAUUUACGCGGUUUUAUUGGUCCAAAUCGGCCAUUUGGCGACAAUGGCUUCUACCGUGAUCGUGUUGUAUAUGCCUAUUCGAAGAAACGCGAUCGCUGGAUGUUCAUGCCAGCCUAUGAUAUCGAGCUUAACCUUUUCAUCUGCGAGUCCAAAGUGCUGCACAAUCCGGAGAAUGUUAAUUUAAAACUGGACGACAAGCGUCCCUACCACUAUGGACUGGACAUUCGCGACUUAGAGAGAAUUCCUCGCGGCCCCUACUUUGUAAAGCAACCCAAUAAUACUGUUUUCGAUGUGAACAAGAAUCGCCUCAUUAACGAUAUAACGCUGAGCUGUCUAGCCGGUGGCUAUCCCACACCCACCUAUCAAUGGUACCGCGAAGUCUAUGUCAAUGAUACGCUGGAGUAUCAAAAAAUUGAUCCACUUGUAAAUGAUCGUUACACAAUAUCUGGUGGCAAUCUCAUCAUAUACGAGCCAAAACAGUCCUUGGAUCAAGGUUCCUAUCAUUGUGUGGCCGAAAAUAAGUUUGGACGUGUGCGCUCGGAGAGUGCAAAUUUGAAUUUUGGGUUCAUCAUGGAGUUCAAUCUAAAGCGUUCGUCUGAGACAAGCGAAAUGAAUUGGGGAAAGUCGAUAUUCUGUGAUCCACCGCAGCAUUAUCCAGCUGUCAAAUACUAUUGGGCUCGAGACUUUUUCCCAAAUUUCGUCGAUGAAGAUCAGCGUGUAUUUGUUUCGCAUGAUGGCGCUCUAUACUUCUCCUUUAUAGAGACUGUAGAUCGUGCCAAUUAUUCGUGCACUGUCCAAACAUUAGUUUCUGAUACGGGUCGAAAUGGUCCCUUCUUUCCACUGCGAGUUACGCCCAAUAGUAAUUAUCAAGCGCUGAUAUUCGCCAACACUUUUCCUAAGAUCUUUCCCGAUGCGCCCGUGGCUGGCGACGAAAUUCGGCUGGAGUGUGUAGCGUUUGGUUAUCCAAUACCCUCAUAUAACUGGACACGUAAAGGCUUGCCUCUGCAGCGCAAUGCAUACACCACCAACUAUGGACGCGUCUUAAUCAUUCAGAAUGCCACAACCAAUGAUAAUGGGGAAUACAGCUGCAUCAUAACCAAUCCACGAAAAACUCUGGAAAAGUCAAUAUUCAUCAAUAUUCAAAUGCGUCCGGAGUUUACCAUACCACUGAAGGAUAUGAUUAAGGAUUACAACAGCGAUGUGACAUUCAUGUGCGAGGCCUUUGCCAUUCCCGAUGCCAAUUACACGUGGUAUAAAAAUGCCGAACGAUUGGAUCCAUUGACCAUCAAUCGAGAUCGCUAUAUCAUUCAGGACAACGUGCUAACUAUUAAAUUUUUGGAGAAAGACCGGGACGAAGGAAUGUAUCAGUGCGGUGCGCAAAAUCAGCUCAAGACAUCCUUCUCAUCCGCCCAAUUGAGAGUGCUCUCGAUGAAGCCAUCGUUCAAGAAACAUCCACUAGAGGCUGAGAUAUAUGCUGUUUACAAUGGCAAUACGACCAUUGUUUGUGAUCCUGAAGCAGCGCCGCGCCCUAAAUUCCAGUGGAAAAAAGAUGGUCAGCUACUGGGCGCCGGCGGACAUCGUCGCAUACUGCCCAGCGGCACUCUCAUUAUCUCGCCCACCUCACGCGAUGAUGAGGGUCUCUAUACCUGCGUGGCUUCCAAUCAAGCGGGCACGGAUGAGUCUCAUGCCCGCGUAAUUGUCUUGCAAGAGAUACGUUUUAUUCAAACACCACCUCAGCGGAUUGUCGCGAAGGAGCACGAUAUCAUAUAUCUACAUUGCGAGGCUGCUUAUGAUGAGCUCUUGGACAUUGCUUACGUGUGGAAGCAUAAUGGUGGAACACUGAAGAACGAUCACGAUGGCACCGGGCGCUUUAUCGUUGAGUGGAACAGUCUGACGGUACGCAAUAUAACAAUGCGCGAUGCUGGCGAAUACGAAUGCGUUGUUCAAUCGGCGGUCAACGAGAUCACCACCAAGACCAAUGUUGUCAUCGAAGGUGCCCCAGGUGCGCCAGGUGGCCUGCAAGUAAUAGAGAUUGGCAAGACUAAGGCCAUUAUCGAAUGGGUUGAUGGCGCCAACAAUGGUCGGCCCAUUCGUUACUACAACAUUCUCGGACGCACCAAUUGGAAUCGCACCUGGGUGAACGUUUCGACGCACGUGCAGGCACGUGAUGUUGAUCGUUAUACAUCAAGACAACAAGCCGAAGUCAAGGAUCUAACGCCCUGGUCAUCGUAUGAGUUCAGCGUAGCGGCUGUUAAUGAUCUUGGCAUUGGCACGCCCUCGGCCCCAUCGCCUAUUUACAGCACAUAUGAGGAUAAGCCCUAUAUAGCACCACGCAAUGUGGGUGGCGGUGGCGGCAAGAUCGGCGAUUUGACCAUUACUUGGGACCCACUGUUGCCAGAAGAGCAACACAGUCAUGGAAUACAUUACAAGGUAUUUUGGAAGCUGAAGGGCGCUCUCGAAUGGGCAUCUGAUUUGAUAAAGAAGCAGGAAAAUGUUGGUGUGGCUGUGGUGAACAUACCUCUGAACAACUAUUACACCGAAUACGAAGUAAAAGUGCAGGCCAUCAACAGUGUGGGCAAAGGUCCCGAGAGCAAAACGGUGGUAAUACAUUCUGCCGAGGAUAUGCCACAGGUGGCACCACAGAAACCCAUUGCCGUAGCCUACAAUUCAACCUGUUUCAAUGUCACUUGGCAACCAAUUAAUAUGUCGCGCGAGAAUAUACGCGGUAAACUUAUUGGUCAUAGGUUAAAAUACUGGAAAACAACACAUCAAGAGGAGGAUUCCGUAUACUAUCUAUCGCGCACGACCCGCAAUUGGGCAUUGAUUGUUGGUCUGCAGCCGGAUACAUACUACUUUGUCAAAGUAAUGGCAUAUAACGCAGCUGGCGAGGGCCCGGAAAGCGAACGUUUCGAAGAGCGCACAUAUCGGAAGGCGCCACAGAAACCGCCCUCAUCGGUCCAUGUUUAUGGCAUAAAUCCCUCUACAGUGCGAGUCGUUUGGCGUUAUGUGUCACCAUCACAGGAUGAGGAGCCCAUUGAGGGUUAUAAGGUGCGCGUUUGGGAGGCCGAUCAAAAUAUGAUCACUGCCAACAACACAAUUGUGCCAAUUGGACAAAAACUAGAGGCCUACAUCAAUAAUCUUACGCCCGGCAAGAGCUACAAUAUGCGUGUGCUCGCCUACAGUAAUGGAGGUGAUGGCCGCAUGUCCAGCCCAACCUUACGCUUCCAGAUGGGCAAGACAACGCGAAACUCGGCGAAUUCGCGUCAUGGACACAACAUCAAUACGGCGCUUAUCAUGUCCAUUCUCCUUUUUAUUACCACCUUCUUCUAUCAAUACAACUGAUGAAGCACAAAUCGAAGAAGGCAGGCAUUAAGUUAAGUUAGAAACAAACCGUCCAUACAAAGCGCACAGCUUUACAGAACUUGGAGAGUCUCGUUUAGUUUUAUUGCAGUCAACAUUCCGUCUAUAAACUUUUGACCUCGAGCGUAACCGAAGCGAAUUGAACAUAAAAUUAUGCAUAACUACAUACAUAUGUAUUUAAGAAAGUGACCUUAUAUAAGAGUUAAGUAGCACAUACAAGAUUAAAAACACAAAUAUCUUUAUAUAUAUAGAUAUUUAGAAACACAGAUAUUUUUCGAACAUAUUCGGUUUUUGCAACGAACGAGAGGGUGUAUUCUUCUAAGUUUUAAAGUUCCCCCCUUUUGACCUUCUGAGUUUGUUUUUUGUUUUUAAUAGUACAUUCAACAAUAUACAUAUAUGUGAAUGUAAUUGUGUAAUCGUCCACUUUACAAAACUUUUACAACUUUAUGAAUAAAAUGUUUUUACACACUCCAAAAGAUAAA